GUGAAGCAUAACAUCGACAUUUCGUACUUCCCAGGUAACAACGAUAGCCACAGGCGGCUAUUCUCUUCUUGUCAAGCUACUCGUUGAAGCAUCUUUUUCUUCUUCUUUCUUCAUCAUCGCACUCGAAACGCAACAGCAAUGACCAGCACACCUCAGGUUCCACCAGAGGAUUUCCCUCAAAUGUGGCAGAAGCCUGCCUUUGAAGACAUACUCGAGUGUCUUUUGAGUCUGCGUGUGGAACCCCCGAUCUGGAAGUGGAACUCGAAGCCGACACCAGCCAGACUUGAGGACAGCCAAAAGCAAACCCAGGACUUGUCGGAGAGUACUCGGCAGGCCAUUGCUAGGUAUUUGUCAAGUGUCAUCAGUAGCCCCCUGAGCUGGCUGGAGGAUGAUGAACAGAGGGAUGCCUUGUGGACGGAAGCAGGCCGGCGCUUGUCGGAGCGUUGCGGGAGGGCAGCUAUGGGCGAGAUCGUCAGGAGCUGGCCUUUUGAAAGCGAAAAUGGAUAUGCCCCCUUCGAGCUCGUCAUCAGGGAGCCUCCAUUGACCGGCGACUCCCUCGGGCUAAAGACUUGGGGCUCAUCCUACGCUCUAGCACGCAUGCUCGGCGAAUUUGCCGCAGGUCCUCUGCAGCAUCUAAUUCAGUCCCCAGCAUUACCAUCAUCCUCGCUACAACAGUCGCCACAAACCCGCGUAUUGGAACUUGGCUCGGGCACUGGGCUGCUCGGCCUAGCGGCCGCUGCCAUCUGGGCCUGUCAAGUUACGCUAAGCGACCUCCCAGAUAUCAUGCCCAAUCUUCGUCACAAUGUAGAACGCAACCAACCGAUUGUCAAGGCUAUGGGUGGGGACUUGGCCGCAGGUGCCCUUACAUGGGGUGGUAACGGGGACGAUGAGAUCGAUCCGGAUCUGUUUGGCGACAAGAAUCAGUUCGAGAUGGUCAUCGUUGCCGACCCCAUGUACGACGAUGACCACCCGGGACUGUUGGCCAGUGCAAUAGAUGACCAGCUAGCUAUCUCGGCCGACGCUAGGGCACUUGUAAUGGUGCCACGAAGGGACACCACCACGAUCGGACUUCUCGCAUCCUUCAGGCAGCUGAUGGAGGGCAGCUCAGAUGCUCCAUUUUUCUGUAAAGAUGAGGGCAUAGUUGCCAGUCAAGAUGACUGGGGUGGUGAUGAGGAAGACGAAGCGCAGAGAAAUGUCGAGUGCUGGUGGCUCUGGGGCUCUGAUGCUCCGAUGCUCCGAGGGACUCUUAUUUCAAGGAUGAACUGUUACUGGCCCCUCAAAGGCCAGACACAGGGGUACAAACGUGACCUCAUGGCUUGCGAAUUCAUCAUCUAUGGCCUCUUUUGA